AGAACCUGUCCAAUCAGCGGCAUCUUGGGAGGAACUAUCCCCCGACCAGAAGAGAGUGAACCCAAUCUGACAGUUUUUCACUCUCUUCUUUGGUUUCUGUUUCUUGUCGCUUUUCAGCUUCCUAUAACAUGAAGUUGUGAAUAAUUAUUGUUUAAAACGUUUCCACUGUUCGGAAAACCCGGACAUCUUCCAUUGGGUUCACGGCAGUUACUUCCCGGUGUUUAGCUUGUGUGGUUGGACCGGGGAGAGCCUGCAGAGAUGUCCGACAACGGUGGCUCGGCUGUCGGCCUCCUAUCCUAUGAGACGCUGGUUCAUGCUGUGGCAGGUGCAAUGGGGAGUGUGACAGCUAUGACCGUCUUCUUUCCUCUGGACACGGCCAAAAGCAGACUCCAGGUGGAUGAGAAGAGAAAGUCGAACUCAACUCCAGUCAUUCUGGCUGAGAUAGCAAAGGAAGAAGGCUUUCUGUCACUGUACAGAGGCUGGUUCCCAGUUAUCUCCAGCCUUUGCUGCUCCAAUUUUGUCUACUUCUACACGUUUAACUCGCUGAAGAAGCUGGUGGCAUCUGGUCCAGGCCAGUCCAGACCUGGGAAAGACUUGCUCAUUGGAAUUGUGUCAGGAGUGGUGAAUGUGAUCCUGACCACUCCCAUGUGGGUGGUCAACACUCGACUGAAGAUGCAGGGGGUAAAGUUCAGAAACGAAGACCUCCACCAGACUCACUACAGAGGCAUAUUUGAUGCUUUCUCACAGAUCAUAGCCAACGAGGGGGUGGGAACUCUGUGGAACGGCACUUUGCCCUCUCUCGUCCUCGUACUCAACCCUGCUGUGCAGUUCAUGAUUUAUGAGGCCAUGAAGAGGAAGGCAGGCAGAGGAGGGAGGAAGAUAUCCUCAGCAAAGAUUUUUCUCAUUGGAGCCAUUGCCAAGGCCAUCGCUACCACUGCCACGUAUCCUCUGCAGACAGUUCAGGCCAUACUGAGGUUUGGCCAGUAUAAAAGUGACGCCGAGGGUGGUGGUGUGAUGGGGAGCCUUUCUAACAUUUUGUUCCUGCUCAUGGACCGGAUCAAGAAGCACGGUGCUCUCGGUUUGUACAAAGGCCUGGAGGCCAAGCUGCUACAGACGGUACUGACGGCUGCACUCAUGUUUGUUGUGUAUGAGAAGAUCGCUGCAGUGACCUUCAGAAUCAUGGGGAUGAACAAGAAACUGAAGCACUGAAGACGGCUACCUGAACACAGCAAACCAUCAGUGCACUCAUCCUCAGUAGGUUUUAAAGCCUGCGGAUGCUAUUAAUAACAUUAUGAAUUGUUUCUGUCGCAUAGGCACGAUAAUAUGAGCCCACAAUGGUGCUUUGGGAGCCCCACAUUCCUAUUCCAUUCCCAAAUUAUAUAACAAAACCAGAGGGGGGUUUAAUUAUUGCUAUUGUUAACCUCUAACUGUGAACAUCUGUGCAUACACAUCCUCUCCACUGGUGCAUUUCUCUUGGUUAAGCAUGGUCCUGCAGGGACUAAAGUUAACUGAGUUUAUGUGACAAAGAAAGACAUACAGACAUUAUUUAUUAGUUUGGUUUGCUGUAUAAUAUCUUCUAGUGUGAGGCGAGUUAAACAGGUCCUGUAUUGAGUAACUGUUUGAAAAGAACACCUUUCAAAGAGCUGAACUUUCUACUGUUAAAAAAUAAAACUCUGUCGGGUGAUGAUU